AUGAUGGCAGCGGCCAUGGUCGCAGCAAGCGUCGCUGCACCAAACCCUGCAGUUGCAGAGGUUCCGAAGCUCUCCUUCUUUGGCCUGGGCGGCGGGGUGUCCGACGUGUACAACCAGAACGACAACCCCGUGAACCCUUACUCGCAGUUCAGCGAAGUGGGUUCCGACAGCGUGUACAAGGGCCGAAGCGAGGAGGAGGUGAACCGAAGGAAGAAGGCUCUCACGGCUGGCCUGGUCCGCUUCGAGAAGACACCAGAGUACAUCAAGACUAAGCAGGCGCAGAACCUGAAGUCAAAUCUGCUCGUUGCCACCACCCUGAAGCAGGACAUGCUCUACUUCUCUGGAGCGGAGGGCUCGCCUGCCUGGGAGAAGGCCAAGGACUUCUCCCAGAAGGUCUCGACCAUGGGUGUGGACGGCCAGAACAAGGAGUGGGGCCGCGCUGCGCAGGACUACCAGGCUGCUGACGAGAUCCUGAAAGAGUGGAAGGAGCUCGCAAAGCUCUGA